AUGAGUGUUCCAAUGAAUGAAGAAAUUGCGGACAUAAGUAUGACAGGAACUGAAGCAGAUUCCUCGCAAUCGCACGGGCAUGAAGCCUCAUCAAGUGUAAAUGCAGAUGAUGCGUCGUCCAGCAAUGCCGCGACACCAGCAGGCAGUGAGGGACAGGCCUCCAGGCAGUCCAAUCUGCAGCGCAUACAGCAAAGAAAGCAACAAGUCUAUGGUUGGCCACAUAACAAGAAGUUACUCAAAUUAGCAAUAUACUCUGAAUGCCAGACUCCAGAAUGCAACUGCAAUGGGUGGAAGACACCAGCUCCACAACCAACUGGAAAAGGCAACCCCCGAGCAGACAACCAGCCUAUUGCCACUUUCAAUGAUCCUUGUCGGAACUGCAACCACAUCUUAGAAAAGCAUGUGACUCAGUUGCAAGGAUUGCCAGUAGCGGAAGUGAACAGGCUGCUCGGAGCAGUGGUGGACGUGGAGAACAUCUUCAUGUCCAUGCACCGAGAGGAUGACCACGACACUAAACGCGUUUACUAUUAUUUGUUUAAGAUACUACGCAAAUGCAUAUUAAACCGUUCCCACCCUCGCAUCGAGGGCCCACUGGGCCAGCCUCCGUUCGAGCGCCCCUCCAUAGCCAAAGCCAUCACUAACUUUGUACUAUACAAGUUCAACACUCUACCGCAAAGGGAAUGGCAGACAAUGUACGACCUGGCUAAAAUGUUCCUACACUGUUUUAACCAUUGGAACUUCGAGACACCUAGUGUUAGGAAAUUGCAAGUCUCAAAUCCGGAAGAUAUAUCAGCAUACCAAAUUAAUUACACCAGAUGGUUAGUAUUCUGCCACGUGCCUGCGUUCUGCGACUCACUGCCUCACUACGACACGUCCCUAGUAUUCGGUCGCACGUUGCUACGGGCAGUGUUCAAGUCUGUCUGCAGACAACUCAUGGAUAAGUGCCAUUCUGAGAGAGACCGUAUGCCGCCUGAGAAGAGGGUAUUAGUGCUAACCCACUUCCCUCGUUUCCUAGCAUUGCUAGAAGAGGAGAUAUUCAGUUCAAACUCCCCGAUAUGGGACCCAGAGUUCAAGCAGAUCCCACCGAACCAUCUGCAGGCCAUAUUUGACAAUAAGAACAGUUCGGGCAGAAGAGGCGAGUUUGAACGUGUGACUGCUUCUGGAGACAGUAAAGAUGGAUUCACUACAGUCCAACUGUCGUCAGGUUCAAUAAAAACAGAAGGAGGCAAGCGAGCAAGUGACACGGUGACUGCAAGUUCAGCCAAACGUCGCCGCGUGGCGGACGACACGGCCGACGAUGUCAGCGAGCGGACCGUGGCGGACAUAGUGGCCACCAUCACAGACCCUAACUAUAUGUGUGGACCUGAUGCACUAUUCCAAAUGCAAGCUCCUCGCGAUGAGGCUGCGAAGUCGGAGGAGCAGCGCAAGAUGAUAGAGUUCCACGUCAUCGGGAACUCACUCACUGGACCUGUCAAUAAACAGACCAUGCUCUGGCUUAUUGGUCUUCACAAUGUAUUCUCCCACCAACUACCAGAAAUGACCAAAGAAUAUAUCUCCCAAUUAGUUUUCGAUCCAAAACACAAAACCUUAGCACUUAUCAAGGAAGGCAGGCCCAUUGGUGGAAUUUGCUUCAGGACAUUUAGUUCACAGGGUUUCAGUGAGAUAGUAUUCUGCGCGGUGACAUCUAACGAGCAAGUCAAGGGUUACGGGACCCAUCUAAUGAACCACCUCAAGGACUACCACAUCAGGAACAAUAUCCUACACUUCUUGACCUUCGCUGAUGAGUUCGCUAUCGGCUACUUCAAGAAGCAAGGUUUCAGUAAGGACAUAAAGUUACCGCGCGCGAUGUACCAGGGCUACAUCAAGGACUACGAGGGCGCCACGCUCAUGCACUGCGAGCUCAACCCACGCAUCGUAUACACGCAGUUUACUUCCAUCAUACGGAGGCAGAAAGAGAUCGUUAAAAAGCUGAUCGACAUGCGGCAGAAAGACGUAAGGAAAAUUCAUCCGGGAUUGACGUGUUUCAAGGAAGGCGUUCGCAGUAUCCCAGUGGAAUGUAUACCGGGUCUCCGUGAGACAGGCUGGCGCGGCCCGGCCCGGCCUCACGCCACGGACCACGACCCUGAACCUGACGCCGCUACUCUCAAAAAUAUAUUACACGCGGUGAAAAAUCACACAUCAGCUUGGCCAUUCUUGAAGCCAGUGGACAAGACAGAAGUACCGGAUUAUUACGAUCACAUCAAGUAUCCUAUGGAUCUGCGCACGAUGGUGGAUCGUCUAAAAGCGCGGUACUACGUAUCGAAGCGGUUGUUCAUAGCGGACAUGACACGGAUAUUCACCAACUGUCGGCUCUACAACUCGCCUGAUACUGACUACUACAGAUGCGCGAACACAUUAGAGAAAUACUUUCACACCAAAAUGAAGGAGGCUGGCCUGUGGGACAAAUGA